ACCAAGACUUUCCAAGUCAUUGCAACGGAAUGCUGAUGAAAUUGAGACUUUAACACGUGAAUUGUCAUUCUUUUUUCGCUCUGUGAUGUUGAAAAAGUCUCGACCGUAAGAACUAAGAAGAAGAAGAGAAAAAAGUUUUUAGUUUAAAAAAAAAAUUAACCUGACCAUUCUCUCUUGUGAAUUCGAAUUAAUUGGAAGCCAGUUUGCCGUAAACAACGACUUGGCCGUUUCUGUGUUUUCGUCUGUCACAUACUCUUUUCCAACAACAACAACAACGACGACGACGACAAAAAGCCUUGGAUACUAAAACGCCGUUAUAGACAAUAUUUUCUGAAAACUUCUACAUCUAUCUGUAGGAGUGGACGCUUAGGGCCGAGGAAUCUGAAUGGGUCGGCACGUACUAAGUCAGGAAUAGUGACACGGGCGGCGAAAGACAAGUGGCGUGCAAAUCAAACGCCUUUUUAUUAAGGAAUAUUUCGAGACGUUUACAAACUGGAGAUUUUACAUUCACGGGAAGCAAUGCCCGCUAAAGAGGAAGAAACGAGUCCAAACAGCGCCACAGCCAGCGAGGCAGGCAGUCCAGGCAGCAACUCCACCAGUCUACUGAAAAAACACAGCAGAAAACGAGGGCACAGCGGAGUGAACCAACUAGGGGGAGUGUUUGUGAACGGCAGACCCCUUCCGGACUCCACGAGACAGAGGAUCGUAGAACUUGCACACAGCGGAGCGCGUCCUUGUGAUAUUUCGAGAAUCCUCCAGGUUUCAAACGGGUGUGUCUCCAAGAUCUUGGGACGCUAUUACGAGACGGGGUCGAUCCGGCCCAGGGCUAUUGGAGGGAGCAAACCCAGGGUGGCCACCAAUGACGUGGUCGGACAUAUUGCAAAGUUCAAACGAGAGUGUCCGUCAAUUUUCGCGUGGGAAAUUCGAGACAGGCUCCUUUCAGAUGGCGUCUGUAACCAAGAAAAUAUACCAAGUGUUUCCUCCAUUAACCGGGUGCUCCGAAACCUAUCAAGUGAAAAUCAGAAAGUCAUGGGUCAGGGUACGAUGUACGAUAAGCUGGGGUUGCUGAAUGGUCAGGGCUGGCCCAGGGCGAACCCCUGGUAUACCCCGAGUCCUGUGAUGCAUGGCGGUUUAGGAGGACCCAGUGCUUACUCGGUUCAUCAGGGAAGCUCACCCAUGAUACCCGAGAAGAAAAAUAAAUAUAACGACAGCAGCAGCGUGGGCUCGCCUGGCAGCACGAGCGAUGUGAACGGCGAGAACGAUGAACAGAUGAGGAUGCGGUUGAAGCGCAAGCUGCAGAGGAACAGAACGUCGUUCACGGCGGCACAGAUCGAGUCUUUAGAAAAAGAAUUUGAAAGAACUCAUUAUCCCGAUGUGUUUGCCCGAGAGAGACUUGCUCAAAAAAUAGAUUUACCGGAGGCCAGGAUCCAGGUUUGGUUUUCUAACCGGCGAGCAAAAUGGCGUCGUGAGGAAAAGUUACGGAAUCAACGUCGAGAGGUUGCGAACGGCGCGACACGUUUACCAAUCAACAGCAGUUUUACAAACAGCAUGUAUCCCUCCAUCCAUCAGCCAAUAUCAUCCAUGACUGACAACUACAGUGCUAUCCCGACAGUGCCCAGCUACUCCUUGUCUAACAACAGUUUUACGACGAACCCCGCCUGUCUCCAGUCCUCAGCCAGCGGAUCCUACUCGUGUAUGUUGCCAGAUUAUGCAUCAAGAGGUUACGAUCCCCUGUCGCUUGGUAGCUAUUCCCGGAAUCCGUGCAACCCUCCGUCGGCGAUGCAGUCUCAUCAUCUAAGCAACGCCCACAACGGAGCAUCCACAGGUCUGAUAUCUCCAGGCGUGUCGGUUCCAAUACAGGUUCCUGGAGGAAAUCCACAAGAUAUGAGUGCGCAUCACCACAUGUCCUCCAUGACGUCACAAUAUUGGUCUCGAAUCCAAUGAUGCUAAUAGCUGUGAACGCUGAGACAGAAACGUUCUAAGAGACAGAGACUCAGACACGUUAUUUGCUCUUUGCUUGUAACCUGAACAUAAUACUCCACAGACAACCAAUCAACGUAACGCUGUGCUGUACUGACAGUACCACGCGUGACCCAAAUAGUGUGACUGUGUCAGCACUAUGGGACACUUAUGCCUAAAUCGUUCCAAGAGCAUGAACAUGUUUCUUCUGGGAGUUUGAAAAUACUGCCUGCUGGCUCCACAUUUUGUGGUUGGAUCGCAAGGAAGGAUCAAGAAGAAGGUGAAUCGAUGUGACGUUAUAGGUGAAUAUUGACGUCGUAGAAAAUAUGCGACGCCAUUGUCCGAUAUGUGACGUCAUAGAUAACAUGAUUGUGACGUCUUAAACGAAAUCUGACGUCAUACAUGAAAUUUUGAUGUCAUAGAUGAAUGUAAACACCUUGAUACUAUAUAAAGCCUCUGACACCUUGGAACCAGUUCUUGACGAAAACAGAGAGAGAGGCAUAUUUUGUUCUUAUGUGCAAACCAUUGAGAUUCGCUCAAAGACUGUGCUCCGUUUUCAUAAUCCAUCUGAAAUAACUUAAAAACUGGUGUUCCAGAUUAUUUGUACAAUAUCUAACAAUAAAGCAAGAUUUCCUGAUGGGAAUCAAACCUUUUACCUGGCAGUUCAUGGAGUGAUGUUACGAAGUCUACAUCUUUAUCAUUAUUGACGGUAGUGGCGCCUUUUCGGGGGACCAUUACGUACUACAUAAUACAUACUGAAUCAGGAAUGUUACUCAAAAGGUGUGGUUUUGACAUAAUAAUAUGUGUUCAGUAGUUGAAUGGUUGUGUACGUGUAUACGUGUAUAGGUAUGUCUAUGUGUGUGCGUGUGGUGUCUAGCAAUACACUUUGUUAACAGACGUCUGGCUUUCUGAAACCAUUGUGAGAAGACAUUGGUGUGAUGAUAUUAAGACUGGUGGUCGGUCCUUCACAAACCAAGUGUUCCAUAUAGCAGAUCACCGCAGAACGAGUAGCAUUAUGCAUUGUACAGAAUAGACUACUCCUGGGUCCAGUGCAGUCUGUUUAUAUAUAGAGAUACUCCAAAAUCAUGGCUCAAUACUCUUUCAGUCCAAUGGCUGUCCCACAACGAGACGAAGGCGCCCAAUGUCAGUGGUCAUCUUCGUCUAGUUGCUGCGGGCAGACGACAUAAUGACGUCAGCAAAAAUCACUCCACAGAUGACAUAUGCCGUGCUCGUCUACCUAAAACAAGCAAACGAAAACAGAAACAGUCAAUAAAAUAUUUUUAAUUUCAAGUUUAAAUAUGCUACUAUUGAAAACACAUCUUGGCUCGCUAAAGCUCGUCUAUAUUGUUUCAACAAUAACAUAUUCUUUGUGAUGAUAUUUCUGUUAUGUUCUUGAAAGAGCCAGUUUAGCGUAUGCUUUUCGGUGGUACAGACGGACUUGAUUUAUUGGGCACUUUAAUUCAAAACCACUUCAAUAUAACGGGCACUUCAGACAUAUUGCCUCUUAGAUGCAUAUUGUACUCGUGUGUUGAGACCACUUGCUUAUAAAGGGCAUACUUUGUAUUGAUUUGGGCUUGUCUUUUAUAAACGGGUUUGACGAUACUAAGCAUGACAAGAAAAACAAAUGUCACGUGUUUUGCUUGGACCAUUGAAUGCAUUCGCUGAACUAAUUAGUUAUAAUUUUAUACGUCGCAUAAAUUUUGUUUGCAACAAACGGGUCAGUAUCGUAUAGCAAUAUUAACACUAGAUAACCAUGCUGUCACGAUAACACUGUAGACUGUAGAAUCAAUUAGGCAGGCUGCUUUUAAUAAAACAACGAGAGACGGAUCCAAGAUUUAGAAACCAUUUGUUUCAUUUGAAUUUUAGGACAAUCAUGAUACAAAUUAAAGGGGAACAAUAUUUGAAAUUAAUAUAUAUGUAUUUAAACUUGAAUCUGAAGUCAUUUUGGAACAAAACACUAUUGAGUAAUAACAUAAUUAUACUGGCAUUAGUAGAAAAAAAGUCACACAAAAAGGGGCAUUGUGGUCUCAUUUUGGAAAGGAGGGAUCCUACUCUUGCAGGGUCGUACCAAGUCUGCACUACCUAGGAGCCUUUGGACUACACAGAACUUUCUUACACUUAAGCAAAACAUUACACUUUUAACAUAAAAAAGGGAUUUGCCCCCACCCCCAAAUCUUUGGGAGGCAAUUGCCCCUUGUUCCCUACCACACCCCCAUUAAGUAUGUCCCUAUCUUGUAUCCGCAUCUGAUCAUCAACGAUAUAAUGCAUUGGUAUUAAUCAUUUAUCAUUCAAAUUUAUCUCUUCAUACACUUUUCACAUAUUUCAAUCUCAGGCUUGGUUGUUUUGUAUUAAUUUAUCAAACCAUUGUUUCCUUUAAUUUAACUUGUGCUACGUUUUAUUUGCUCACAUAUUUAUUGUAGUAUUGUAUUAUUUUGAGAGACGAUAAUUAGCAACUAGAGAAUUUGUAAUUGUAUGCACGUGCACUCUGUCUAUUUGCACUCGUAACAUUAAACAAAAAACAAAAACACUUUUUCGUACGGUAAAGGUUUUAAAGGUCAAAAUGUUCGUAUUGAACGAAAUUAGGUUUAUUUUGAAAAUAGAUGAAAUUUGAUUAUAGGGAGUAAAUUGGGUUUUAUAAAAUAACUGAAACCCGUAUCCGCUUAACUCCGUGAGACAUAUUUAUAAAAAGCAAUAACAUGAUUUUAAAAAUCGAUGCAAACAAGCACACACAAUUCAUUUGAUUGCAGCGUAAUAACACCACAAUCAAGGCAGGGCAUUUAUUAAUCAUCUUAAUGCUGUUGGGUGCAAUGCUAUUGAUUAACUGGGAAGUUUCAUUUUAUGCAUUCCAUUUUUAACUAUUUCCAUGCUUAUAUCCAAUUAAUUUUCAAGCACGCUAUCAUGGGCACACUCCUUAGAUAUUUCUUCGUAGUUGUUAGUGAGAGAGAAAUCGGUGUAGUGGCCUUACACCUUCUCGCUGAGCAGAAUAAAGCUCGCUCUGGGUGGAAGCCUGUACUGAGAUGCGAACCCAGUAGCUAUCGGUCUUUAAACCGACGGCGUAACCACUACACCAAAGAGGCCGGUGCUGAUAAGCUUACAAAAUGUAGAAUUUUUUUAUAUACGACUUCACUUUCACCUAUUCUCAUUUUCAUUCAACAUGUUCAUCCCAUAUGUUCAAUAUUAACUGCAAUUAACAGUGGGUAUAAUUAUAAUUUUCCUGUAAACAUAUUGGGAAUCGUCACGGCAAAGUUUUAACAGGUUUUAAAAUAAUUCAUUAAAAUGUUUUACUAUUA